GACACCAUGUGGACGCCGCCGCUGCCGCUGCCGCUGCCGCUGCCGCUGCUCGCCCUCGUCGCGCUGGCUGCCGCCCCUCUCAGGCUACACGCUCAAGAGUCCGCCUGCUGUUCCUUAGCCACCGGCUCGUGUCGUUCCGUGUGCCAGGAGGUGUCGCUGGUGAGGAUAGCAGCGGAUGCCGAGGAGCGCGCGCGGGCCGUGUCGCGAGUCUCGGCCGUCUGCCCAGACCAGCUGGUUUCCUUCUGGGAAUGCAUGAACAAGACAACUGAAGACAUGGUCCGCGGGGAGGCGUGGUGGGGACGCGAGUGCUGCGGCCUGCCGCAGUCCGCGGGUUGCCAACAGGCGUGCGUCACGGCUGCGGCUCGCCACGACCUGGCCACCAGCUGCCGCCACAGCGACGAGGUCGCCUUCUUCGCCUGCCUCGACCGCCAGCAGGCGGGCGCCGUGUGCUGCGGCGACGCCGCGCCGGAGGCCUGCGCCUCUGCGUGCCGCGACGCCUUCCGGGAGACGGGCGCCGCGGGCGGCGUGUCCGCCGUGGAGCGCGCGUGCGCACAGCAUAGCCCGCGCGUGCUUGCCUGCGCGCGCAACCACACGGCCGCCGCGCCCGUCCUGCAGCCGCACAAGUAUGUGCCGUGCUGUGAAGCGGCGGAGGACGCGGGGUGCCGGGAGGCGUGCCGGCGGCUCCUGAAGACUCGCGCGCCCGCGGAGGACAUCGUGGACGGCCUGCAAGAGGCCGGCUGUGGACCGCCACUGCCACAUGACCGACUGUGGCAGUGCUUCCUGCAGCGUCAGCAGGAGCCAGCGACCGGGGAGGCGGCGGCCGGGGCAGCGCCAGGGCUGGGGGCGGUCGGCGCGGAGGCGGAGGAGGCGGCGUCUUCGCGCAUCGACCGCGCGGGCAUGGACGCCGCCAAGCUGCACUGCUGCUUCAGCGCCCACUGCCUCGAGGACUCCGCCGAGGUGGCGCUGCUCACCUGCGUCCAGGAAGUGGAGGAGCCGUGUGAGCUGGGCUGCGGCGGGCUGUCGUUCUGCGCGCCGGUGUCUCGGCCGCUGCAGCUGUUCCGCAGCUGCGACGCGCGCGCCGACGCGGCGGCCCGCGCCGCCGUCUCGCUGUGGUCCCGUCGCGGCGCCGCGCCGCUGCCGCUCCCCCUGCCUCUACCGCUGCCGCUGCUGGACGUCCGCGCCUGCCGGCCGCACCUGUGGCGCGCCGUCGCCUGCGCGCUGCACCUCGCGCCCUGCCACGCCAACACGCGCUCCCUCACCAUCUGCAGGGAGGACUGCGAGUCGUUGCUGCAGAGCUGCGUGGACUGGCGCCGCGCCGCGCCCGGCCUCUCUCCCGCGGCGGUGUGCGCGCAGCUGUCCGCCGGCGACCGGCCGUGCGCGCCACUAGAGGCGCUGCUGGCGCCAGCGGGUUCCGAGGCGCGGGUCGCGCCACAGGACGCGCUGACAGCGCCGUGCCGCGGCCGCCCCUGCAACCACAGCCGCGCCUGCCUGCCCAACAGGGACUGCGCCGCCGGGCGCCCCUGCCACACGCACCGCUGCCUGCCAGGGUGCCGGCUGGGGGAGGUGUCGCAGUACGUGGUUCCGGGCGACACGCUGGUGGUGGUGCCGCAGAGCACGGGCUGCGCCAGGCUGUGCCGCUGCCCCAGGCACGGCGGCGCCCUGCACCGCUGCGAGCCGCUGCCCUGCGCCCCGCCGCAGCCCUGCUGGAUAGGCACCACGCGCAUAGAGCACAACUCGCAGUUCUACCUGGAGUGCAACCUGUGCGCGUGUUCCUCCGGAGAGCUGACGUGCACGCGGCGACAGUGCGACAGCAGCGCCGCCGCCUACAGCGGCCAGCCGUGCAACUGCCCGCCAGUGUACGCGCCAGUCUGCGCCGCCAGCGGCGUCACCUACGCCAGCGCCUGUCUCGCCAGGUGUGCGGGCGCCGGCGACGGCGAACUGGAGGCUGGCGCGUGCCCGGAGCGUGAUCCCUGCUCGCGACACGCGUGCCCGCGCGGCCAGCACUGCGUGCCGCUGCGCAGGGCGUGCCUGGAAGGAGCGCCGCGGCACGCCUGCCGACAGCACCACUGCGUGGAGAAGGUGGAGUCGUGCAGCAGUCGGCCGCACGACCCCGUCUGCGACACCGAGGGCGAGGAGCACCCCAACCUGUGCUUCCUGCUGCACUACUGGAAGGCGCUCGCCUACCGCGGGCCCUGCCUCAAGAGUUGCUCGCUGUCGGGCGCCGUGUGCGGCGCGGAUGGCGUGACGUACCGGUCCGAGUGCGAGGCGGUGGCCGCGCGGGUCCCACUCGACUACGUGGGCCGCUGCUCCGGCUGCCGGGACCUGAGCAGGUGUCCGCCACUGGCCAGGCAGGGCUGCCAACCGCUGCGGCCGCCCGGCGCCUGCUGCCCUGUCUGCGCCGGAGCCCUCAUCCUCCUCUACAGCCGCAAACAGGUGGAGCUAUCGGUGCAGGCGGUGCGCGGCGACUCGCAGCCGUUGACGGUGCGGGCGGUGGUGGCGGCCCUGGAGCGGCUGGUGGCGGUGUCGGAGUGCGUGGUGCAGGGCUACGCCGGGGUGGGCCCGCAGCUGGUGGUGGUGGUGAGCGCGCGCACGCCGGGCCGCGCGCCGUCGCACCUGCAGCUGGAGGCGUGCGCCGCUGAGGCGCGCAAGCUGUCUGCGCUGGUGCGCGCGCGCAGCCCCAGACUCGCCGCGCAGCUGCCUCUCAGUCUGCUGCUCGCCGCCGAGGACGUGACGGCCGCGCCGGAAACAUCCUCCGCGCCGAAGCCUGCCGGAGCCGGCGCCUGGCUCCUCGCCUUCACUGUCACGGUAUGCCUCUCUAGAGGCUGCACCAGGCUACAUACACAUCAGGCGUCAGUGGAUUAA